ACAACUACGAUUAUGUUAUCGCUCGAAAGCGCCUCUCUGGUAAUCCACAGGCGGCGGCGCUUCGCAGGCCGAACUUAGUGUGAGUCUCAGUCGCAAUCGCAGUCUCAUUCGUUCCGUUCCGCUGUGGCUGCGGCUGAAUACUUUAUACUUUAAACUGUAUCGCAUCUGAUCGAUCCGGUCCGGCAUGGGAAGUUUUCCAGCUCUACUUGUUGCUGUCGUCGGCGCGCUGGCAUUGGGCGCGAGUGCCCAGCUCGCCAUCAACUGUGUGUCGAAAAUCGCCAGUGGCCGGGUCACCGGACACUGCAUCUCCAUCCGGGAGUGCGACUACUUCAUGCGGAUCCUCGUCUCCGGCAAUCUCAGCCAGAGCGAUCGCACCCUUCUCCGCGAGAACCAGUGCGGCCGGCGGGAGAACGGCGUCCAGGUCUGCUGCCCCAGUACCGCUGGCCUGGGAGCCCUGAGUCAUCCUCUUUUACCCACGGAUUGCGGGACGGUUCGUUGGCAGCGUUCGAAUGAUACGGACACGCGGAUCAAGGAGUUUCCCUGGCUGGCCCUUAUCGAGUACACCCGGGGCAACCAAGAGAAGAUCCACGCCUGCGGAGGAGUCCUAAUCAGCAGUCGCUAUGUGCUGACUGCUGCCCACUGCGUGGCCCAGGCGGCGUCCAGCGAUCUGCAGAUUACAGCCGUUCGCCUGGGAGAGUGGGACACCAGCACGAAUCCGGACUGCCAGUUCCACCAGGACACCAAGGUGACGGACUGUGCUCCUCCGUACCAGGACAUAGCCGUCGAGGAGCUGCUGCCACAUCCCCGGUACACGCAAGCGGACAGGACUCAAGUGAACGACAUUGCCCUCGUCCGCCUGGCCAAUCCUGCCCAGUUCAACGAGUUUGUGAGCCCCAUUUGCCUGCCCAACAAGCAGCUGCGGGCGGACGAACUGGAGGGCCUGCUCACCGAGGUGGCGGGCUGGCAGGCCACCUCCUCGCCCAGGAUGCGCAAGAGCUAUGUGACCAUCACCUCCAUCGAGGAGUGCCAGACGAAGUACGCCGGCCAGCAGCUGCACAUCCAGGCCUCCCAGCUCUGCGGGCUGACCAAUUCCAAGGAGUGCCACGGCAACGCCGGAGGACCUCUCAUGCUCUACAAGAACGAGGGCUAUCUGCUGGGUGGACUGGUGUCCUUCGGACCCGUGCCCUGUCCCAAUCCCGACUGGCCGGAUGUCUACACGCGGGUGGCCUCCUACAUCGACUGGAUUCACGACAGCCUGAGGGCGUAGGAGAGAUCUUUGCGGUCACGAAGAAAGCCAGUAAAUGUUUGGUGCCAAUAACAAGUGUUAAUUAAAGUGAACAAACAAAAUAAA